UACGGUCAAGGACCUGAUGAUAUAGCGGAGGAUUUUAAGUCAGCCUUGCAGGACCUUAGCGUAGGUGACUUCUCUGAUCCCAACUCUCCUUUUAGAUGCAUGGCGAUGUUUUUCUCCUCUCUAGAGUAGAAACUCGCGAAACAAUGUUCCAGCUCUCAAAACUCUCCCAGAAUAGGCACCGCUGACACCUAGAUCAUCUAGAUAAAUGUACGAAUCCCGCCGGAGCUCCACAUGUCCUACUGUAAUCUUGGACAGGCAGAAGUCUGUCCUGUCCACGAGACCCUUAUUCCAUAGACAUCCUCAGAUCAACGAAUGCUGACACCACGGCAGUCAAGGUUCGAAAUAAGUAAUCUUACGAUCAUUGCAAAGGAGAAUACAGAGCACGCCUUUGCGAUUUCCGAAGCUCUUAAGCUUCACCUCAAACAAACCUCCCCGCAGAAGAAACUCCCUGCUUUCUAUGUCCUCGAUUCCAUCGUCAAGAAUGUCGGCACGCCAUACACACUGUUCUUUGGUCGGCAACUCUACGCAACCUUUAUGGAAGCUUACGCUUUGGUUGACACUAGUGUACGGAGGAAGAUGGAUGAGAUGUUGAAGACCUGGAAAGAGCCUGUGCCUGGUUCAAUGGAUCCUCGACCUGUAUUCCCCCCUGAGCUCACACGUCCAAUUGAAAAUGCCUUGAUUAAGGCCAAAACUUCCUUUGUUCAGGCCCAUCAGGAACAUCUCAAAAACCAACAACAACAGCUGAACCGAGGUCGGUCGACCGCUUCUCCUGCUGGAUAUCGAGAUACUCCAACCCCACCAAAUGCGUAUCGACCGCCCCCACCCAAUGUUACGCCAGGAUAUGGCCCAAACUACCCUCCACAACAACAAUAUGCCUCUCCUCCCAUAAAUGGACAGCAAUACCCGAAUCAGCCAAAUGGUCAGCAACCAUAUGGACCCCCGCCAGGACCACCUAGUCAGCAGUAUCCUCCACAAGUAGCUUCAGGGCCGCCUUCAUGGCAGCAACCACCAUCUCAGGGGUAUCAGGUGGCUGAAAAUAGCAUAGCAAGAUUGAAUAGUGACAUUGACAAGCUUAUCACUACGUCAAAGGCGGAAUGGGCUCAAAAUCCUUACGAUAACAGUAUUGGAACGAGACUGAAAGCCUUGCUUGAUUUGCAGACUAUUUUGCAAAACCAACAACUGCCACCAAAUCAAAUUGCCCUCAUAAAAGAUCAAGUUGAUCAGCUGUCUGAAGCCUCUCAGGCACCUAAAACCCAGCUCCCUCCAGCACCAGUAUAUCCUCCUGCACCCGUAGCAGCUACUCAGCCGCCGGCUCAGCAGCCCUCGUUGAGUUCAAUUCUUGGUCCAGGUGCUCUUGCAGCAUUGGCAAGAGCCUCUGCAACUCCUCAGCCCGCGGCCCCUAUAAAUGCAGGGGCCCCAAUUCGCUCUCCUCAGCCUCAGUAUGCUCAACCUUCCUAUCAACAACCUCCCGCCACGGCACCGGCUUCUACGCCAAUUCCGGAAGCUAGCUCUUUGCUCGAACGACUGCGAGCUGCUGGAAUGCUUCCAGCCGUUUCAACACCAACUAGUGCACCAACUCCAAUGAGCUCUUUGCCUGUGCCACCAGGUUUCCCUCCGUCAUUUCUCAACACUCCGCCGAGCGCCUCUCGGACGCCGCUGGCAAACUUGUCCAAUGAUGUUGUUCUGAAGCCUGCUUCCCUCAAAGAGAAACGGCCUCAUCUCAUCUCCAGCCUUUAUGAGCGACUGGGGGCGCCUUGCACUCAAUGUGGCCGUCGCUUCCAGGCAGACGAAGAAGGCAAGAAAAAGAAGACCGCUCACAUGGACUGGCACUUCAAAGUUCAUCAACGGAUGGCUGAAGCAGAGGCGAGAGGACAACAUCGAAGUUGGUAUGUUGACGAAUUGGAUUGGAUCAAAUCCCGUGAAGUAGAAGACGAGUCAGGCACGGCUACCACAGUUGCAAAUAACUCAAGCGCCGCCUCUGCAGCAGCAAACAACCCCAAGCUCCAGUAUCUUGCAGUGCCAGACGAUCCUGCUCUCGCAAACAGUCUUUGUCCCAUCUGCCAAGAGAAAUUCGAGAUGAAGUGGCUUGAUGAGGCGCAAGAGUUUGUCUGGAUGGAUGCGAAGAAGGUCGGAGACCGCAUCUACCACGCAAGUUGCUACGCAGAGGCAACGAAGGAUGUAAUUACGCAGGUCAAGAGGGGUACGCCUGAGCCUGCAGGCGUGCUAGGAAAGCGGAAAGCUGAGGAUGAUUACAUGGCGUUGCGAACGAAGAUCAAGACAGAAAAUUAGGUUAAUGGUGCACAGAUACCAUAGACAGAUUUUGCAUGGUGGGACCGUUUCUUCUCUAAAAUAAGCAUAGCAUAGGCGUUGCAAGGAGCCAGAUUAGAUACCAAAAUAAUCAAGACUUUAAAACAGGCUUCCUUUCCUUAAGCCCCUCUCUUUGUUCACUAUCGUGCCCGGCAUUUCUUGUGUCUUGAGCCGACCAUAGAGCCGUGCAAGCGCCAACUAUUGACCGCCCUUCCACCGCCAGAAGACAAAGCGCCUCAUCAUCCACGACUGGGCUUCCUAGUGCAACUUUCCACAUGAGCCUUGAGAAAGGCUUCCCAACAUCACUGGCAGAUGAUUUGCAUUUAAAAGGACAAUCUUUGUCUGGGUCUACU